AUGUCCGCACAUGUGGCUUCGUGCUCUCGACAGCGGGCCGAUUGGGGCUCUGUGGCGGCUGUAGCUACUGCCCAGGGCCUGGUAGGGGUACGCAUCCUCGGUGUCUCAGGUCUCGUAAAACCUGACGAAAUCACCCAUUACUGGGAGUGUGAGGCUCUAAGAGACACGGGGGUGCUCAGGGCCCAGCAUCAAGCCUUCCAGGAUGGCCUGAGCAGAAGAGCACUGGGGGCCGCGUUUGCCAAAUGGUGGGAAGCCCAGGCAGCUGCAGCCGGGGCACAAGAGCAACGUGGGGCACAGGCUUCCCUUGCCCACUGGAGAAACUGCUUGCAGCAAGGCCAGGAAUAUGGGCAGCUGAAGAAGGCCUUUGCAGCAAUGCCAGUGGCCCUGGGCAUGCACCAUGAGGCCCAGCAGCAGGCAGGAGGGAGUGCUUGGGCCCAGGCGACCUGGUGCUGGACUCUGUGGGUGCGCGAGUCCUGUCGGGGCCAGGUCAGCCGAGCCCAUGCUUCCCGGAAGCCGGGAGCCUGGGUCCUAGAGGCCUCUUUGCAAUUAGCAGCGCGCAUAGCUGUACAGCGAGCCAUCCUCACCCAGCUCCGGCAGGCCGGGCUCGGGGGCUUCCUGCGGACCGCGAAGCUCAGGGUGCGGCUGGGAUUGCAGGCUGAGGCCCCAGGGGCCGGUAAGACCCGCAGCUGCUGGACACAGGCCACAGAGCCAGUGCCGCCUGGGCCAUCACUGCAGUGCAGCCUGGGUGGACAGAGGAAGCCAAGGAGAAUGGCCUGGGCUCUAAGGAGACCUUGGUGCAGACAGUGUCCCCUCUGCCCUGCCAUCCAGCUCUGGCAGAGUAGCUCAGUCCCAGACCUGCCCCUGUGGACCAGGGACCAGGGACCAAGAUGGCACCCCAGCCCUGAGCCCUGCUCCCUCAAAGCCCAAGGCGAGGCCCAUAAAAGGAGGCUGGGGAGGAAGUACCUGUGGCACUGGUACCUUGAGGCACUGCUUUGUGGGCUGCAGGGUUCCCAGCAGGUCAGGUGCCUGGCAGUGGGAUGGCAGCACUGGGUAGAUGGCCAAGGGGCAGAGCAGCUGGCACGGACCCUGCUCAGGGAGUGGCACCUGAGAUGGGCCCGGCAGACGUGGCAGCAGCGGAUCCUGCGACUGGGAGGGGCUUAGCAGUUAUAGCGGCAAGAAGAUGGGCCUUUGAAAAGUGGCACCAGCACCUGGCAGCCAGGAGCCCAAGGAGAGGACGUGCCAGUAGCUGGAGACCCUGGAGCAAGCCAGGCCCUAAUGCCCUAA